AUGGCCACCAACGAGAAAUAUGAUGUGGUUAUUAUUGGUGCAGGCUGGUAUGGCCUCAUCGCGGCUACAACAUAUCUGCGUCUUGCUCCCGAGACAAAGAUUCUGAUAGUCGAUAAAGGGCAUUCCAUUGGCGGUGUCUGGAGUGAAGAGCGUAUCUACCCCAACCUUUUUGCUCAAGUUGGUCAUGGAUUGUUUGAGUACUCUUUCUAUCCCAUGCCGGCUGAAGGUCUUUCUCCGGAUCGAUACAUCUCGGGUAAAACCAUCCACGACUACCUAUACAACUUUGCAAAAGACUAUGACCUUGUUCGCCGAGUGCGACUGGACACCGAAGUGAGCAACGUUGAGAAAAUGGCCAGUGGAAGCUGGCGCCUCGAUAUCGCCGGCGACAAGCCCAUUUGGGCUUCCAAACUCAUCAUCGCCACCGGUGUUGCUUCAGAACCGUAUAGCCCUAAGUGGCCCAAUCAGGGAUUCACCAAGCCUAUCAUACACUCAGCAGAUAUUGGUGUCUCUUUAAAGAAACUUCAUGAUCCCGCUGUCAAGCGAGUCGUUGUCCUCGGAGCUGCCAAGUCUUCCUACGAUACCGUAUUCCUACUCUUGAAAGCAGGCAAGCAUGUCGACUGGGUUAUCCGAGAGAAAGGUUCCGGUCCACUAGCCAUUAUGCCUCCGCGACUUCUUGGAUUGAACACUGUCGAUGUCAUGGGCACUCGCGCCUUGGCCUCGUUCAGUCCUGCUAUUCUCAACACACACGGAUUCUGGUACAAUGUACUCCAUAACAACCCAGUCGGUAACUUCGUGACCAUGAAUUUCUGGAGAUUUGUUAAUGGACUGGCCGAGCUACAUGCGGGAUACUCAAAGACGGAAAAUGCGACCAAGUUGAGACCAAUUCCAUUUGGUGAAGGUAUCUUCUGGGCCAACUCCGGUCUAGGUUUGGCCAGUGUUCCUGAUUUCUGGAAAACCUUCCAUGCCGGCGACGUCAAAGUACACCGUACUGAGAUUGCCUCUUACAGCGACACCGAUAAGGUCCACCUUAAGGAUGGAGUCACCGUCGGCACAGAUUAUGUUAUUCUAUGCACAGGAUGGACUGAUGCCUUGGAGCCCUUCAAUGAACGCCUACGGGUACAAUGUGGCUUGCCGUCCAAAGCAGAUUUUACCGAAAAAUGGAAGAAAUUGGAUGCCGAGGCUGAUGACAUUGUCAGCAAAAAGCUUCCGGUUCUCGCCAACCCACCUGAUACGUUCGUCGAAACGGCCUCACAGCGUCGUCCUUGGCGCCUCUACAGGCGGUUGAUCUCUCCCAAGAUGGCUGCCGUUGGUGACCGUUCAAUCUUUUUCCCUGGUCAAAUUCAUUCCGUCUACACGCCUCUAGUUGCGGAAAUGCAAGCACUUUGGGGCGUCGCCUACCUACUCGGUCAGCUCGAAUUGCCCAACCAAGACGACAUGGAGAAAGAAAUUGCGGUGUGGAACGCAUGGACUCGUAAGCGGUAUUUGGAACAGGGUAGGAAACAUGCGUAUUCUAUCUAUGACUACUUGGCUGUAAGUUUCAUCCGGUUAUCAAACCCCCCCCUCACCUAUAUUACCAUUGUUAUAUUCAUAGUCCUUCCUACUAACAUCAAUACGAAGUAUGUCGACACUCUUGCACGAGAUCUUGGCAUCAACACCCAUCGUAAGGCUAAUCCUAUCGCUGAAAUGCUUUCAACCUAUGUUCCAAGCGACUACAACGGGCUUAUCGACGAAUAUCUUCAUAACCGAGAAAGAAAAGCGGAGCUGUCGGGCGAGAAAUCCAGCACCAACGGUCAUGCAAACGGCAAAACAAAUGGGGCCGUCAAUGGUAAGGCCAAUGGGUAUACAAACGGGCAUACUAAUGGCAAGACUAGGUAA